GUUGUACAACUGGACCCGCCACCUACACUGCCGCGCACAGGGCUGCGGGCACCGUCACGCCGACCUCCGUAUCGUGAAGCCUGCUGGGCCUUACUGUGUUAUGUGGUCCUGACGGAGAUGUUCCAUACGUCCCUGCAUAAAAGUCUGCGCACUUGGACAAUAUGACUCGCUCGCCAGCAGCCGCUGUCGCCACUUUGAAAGUCCCAAACCCGCAACCACCCGGACAACCAAUUCCGCGUUCUUCUGCAAGGCGCAGCGACCGCAUCAGACAGCUAUGGAGAGCAUACUAUUAGCUUUAAGAGCGCAAUGACGAGUCUCGCCGGCGACACGACGGCUGGACUCGCAUCGGGUUUGCGAAGCGACUUUUCCCCUGCUACUUCGUCGAUGGUUCCAGUCUAAAUUUCCUUCGAGUAAUAUAAGUGCUUAUAUACUUCUGCAUCAGACCAUACUGACGAAGCAGGAUAUAGGGAAAGAAUGCUGCUCUCGAGGCAAGCCCUUUCAUCGUCGCGCGUUGCCCCGGCUCGACGGACGUCUGCAAUUGUAAGGUCCAAGCAGCAAUGCGUCGUCGCGGCGCGCCAAGUGGCACGGCCUGCGGCGCCGCGCAACUCGGCACCCUCGCCGGGCCCGCUAGAUGAUGGCUCCAACUUGGUACUGCCAACGUUCCAAGAGCUUUUCCCAACCAAGUUCAUGGUGACCUGCGAGGACCGCACAGCGGAGUUGGAUCCGAAGGCACAGCGCGUGGUGUGCUGCUGUGCCGAGUGUGAGGAGAAGCAGCCCGACUUCGCCCAACGCGUGCCCAUGACCUUCUCUGCAUGGGAGAAGCACUGCGGCUCCAAGAACAAGAAGUGGCACACGAGCCUGAAGGUCGUGCCUGGGUCGGGGCUGGAGGCGGUGCCGGCUGACAACAGGCCGGUGUCCAUCUGUGCCUGGCUGGCGGGGAAGAAGCUCAAGGUGGGCAAGUUCGCCCGCGCCGGCAUCGUGGGUCGGCUGCAAGGGCCUGGUGCUGUUGUGCUUUUUCGUGUUGCUUGGCGGCGUGGUUCGUGUCGGCGGUGUAUCCUGCUUCGAUGAUGUGGAUGGUGUCGUGUUCGCUGGGCAGCACGACAAAGUCUGGGUUUAGGGCUGCGGCGAGGGAGAUGGAAGGAAUUAGUAGGAUGUCGGGGCGGUAGUGUAGGUGGCGUCCUGCUGGUUUGCCCUCCUGGUCGGGGAGCAGCCAUGGCGGCAAGCGGUUGUCAGCCGCGUAGUCUGGCAGAUCGGCUUUAGACGUGGCGUCCAUUACCAUGUAGCAGCCGCCGCAGUCACCGCGGGAGAUGGCUCGUGCGAUGGCCUGGACUGCAAUGUUGUGUCGUUUAAUGUACAUUGCACGGAGUUGGGGGUUGUGGCAGCCUCCCAGUAUGUGGCCGCCGGAGUCGGGUCCGCGGCAGAGUGGGCAUGGGGCGGGGGUAUCGGGGCCAGCGCGGGGGGCUCGGCGGCCUGUAACUGUGCGGCCGAAGCGGGCUGCGAGUUUGUUGUUCCACAGUUGCCCGUAUAAGUAGUCCAUGCAGCGUUUGGCCUUGCGGUGUCGGCCUGAUUGCAGGUUCAGGGUUCGGGUGCUGGAUUUGAUAUCCAGGUCUGGGAUGGCGUUGGCUACGAAACCAGUGUAGAGGGUUUCGCGGGUGUGGCCUUGGGCGAUGUGCGGGGCUGCGAGCGUGGCGAUGCCGCGGUUGAGGUCAUGCGCGUAGUGUCCUUCGUUCU